AUGCAGAACCUGAAGAUCCAGGACACCGAGUUUGACGAUUGGCUUCAACUCGAAGAAGAAGACACGAAUUGGGUAGCUCAACAGACUGCCCAAGGAGUGCCCUUGGUCCUUCCAUGGAAGAAACAAGGGGUUCGCCUCGGAACAUGUUUUCGAUCGCAGCGUCUUGACGAUCCCUGGCUCAAAGACAACCCAUUCAUUCUCUCAGACUUUUACACGAUCCCCAAAGUCCUUCAUAGCGAUUAUGGGAGCACUUCCACUUUCCACUCCGUUAGCACGUCGAGGAAUACCGAGACAGUCAAGCACCUUGCUCUUGGCUUCGGUGUUGGAGUAGGUCUUCCGUUUCUUUGUUCGGCUUCCGUCAAAGGCACAUACGAUGAAGAACUCAAGGAAAACAACGAUUCAGAUAAGAGCUCUAUCAGGGCGAGUCUACGAUGCGGCGUGGUCGAGCUCGAACGCAAUCCUCGAUUAUGCCACGAAGCUCUGGCCAUUUUAAAGUAUGGAGGAGGUUACAAAGAUUUCACAGAAAAGUAUGGCGAUUACUUUGUCUGGGGUUACCGAUUGGGCGGAGACACCGGUCUCAUGAUCAGCAGCUCGGCCUUCGAGAAGAAGAAAGUAGAGCAGUAUGGCAUCGAGCUCACCGUCCAAGUCCUGUUCGUUGAAGUAAGCCAUAAGUGGACAAAGGACUUUCACACUUUUUCGGCCGGCAAGAAGAUGCGGCUGCUGGGCUACGAUACUCUGAGCGACACGAAUUGGAAUGUCACGAUGGAGGCUUCGGGGGACAUCGAGAGGCUCUCCAAGGAGGCCGAGGACGUCAUUCUACGAUCGCAAAACUUGCUCGAAAGGAGUAUCAAGGCCCUGGAGGACCAGGGCAUGUUCCAUGGUGAUCAUCUCACAAAUGCGCAGUGCGAUUUUCUGACAGGUAGCGGGAUCGCAGUCGAGUUGGUACUGCUGCCUAUGAGCGCCCUUCGAGACGUGGCUCGUUGGACCACUGAACGGAAUGUAAUAUAG